AUGGGAAACGUGUCUCCUCUUGCUUUCCUAUGUUCUUUUUUUCCCGCCUGCCUUCAUUUUAUUGCGAGAACAACGCUUUAGAUACGCAAGAAUAAUUUCACAUUUUUAAGCUCCCAUCAUUCGCUGAGUUGUCAAAGGUGAUCUGUAGUAGCCAUGGCCCGUACCAAGCAGACUGCCCGUAAGUCCACUGGAGGCAAAGCUCCGCGUAAGCAGCUGGCCACAAAGGCUGCUCGCAAGAGCGCCCCGUCCACCGGCGGGGUCAAGAAGCCCCAUCGCUACAGGCCUGGCACUGUGGCUCUGCGCGAGAUCCGUCGUUAUCAGAAAUCUACAGAGCUGCUGAUUCGCAAGCUGCCCUUCCAGCGCCUGGUGAGAGAAAUUGCCCAGGACUUCAAGACUGACCUCCGUUUCCAGAGUGCAGCCAUCGGUGCUCUGCAGGAGGCCAGUGAGGCUUAUCUGGUGGGACUGUUUGAGGACACCAACCUGUGUGCCAUCCACGCCAAGCGUGUCACCAUCAUGCCCAAAGAUAUUCAGCUGGCACGCCGUAUUCGUGGGGAGCGCGCUUAAAGUGUCCACUCCAAUUUAUUAUAUGCUGUCCUAUUGUCACUUCUGCACUUGUUCCUUCCUCUAUAUUUAGUCAGUAGUUUGGUUUGAGGUUCUAUAUAUCAUGAUUGUGAUAACUGUAAAAUGUGUGAUCAUGUCCUCUUUGGUGCUACUAGUAGCAGGUUUUGCUUAGAAAUAUCUUGGUAUAUGUUUGAACUACAGAUGCACUCACUUAUAACUAGCUAGCUAGCUCACAGGAAAUCCUUGUUAUGUGCGCAAAUAAGGUGUUUUGUGAGAUAUUGGUGUGUGAUCUGAAACGAGCAUAGGAAAUAGCAUAAAGUUGAGACAUUGUCAUCUUCAGACAUACAGGUUUUUUCUAAAAUAGAAUUUAGUUGUAAAAUUAGUGAUUUUUGUUUUCUUUCAUAAUAGUAGUGGAUUUCUACUGUUACUGUUAAAUGUAUCAAAAUACAGCAGAUUGGUUCUGGUUAUCAGUUAAAUAUGUCAUCAUGCUAUGACACUGCAUGGUUUGACAGACUAUAAGAGGCAUAUAUGUAGCAGACCUAUGUUGAUCAUAUUUUAAUUUUCAGCCAUGUUAUGUCCAGGUAUUGUUAGGACUUUUUGUUUCCUUCUCAGGUUGAUGUGAUAACCUAUGAUUUUUUUUUUCUACUGUAUUUUUGAUUUGUCUUUGGUCAUUUUUAAAAGCAAAUAUUUGUACUCUACAAUUCACUUGGGAACAUCACAAUAAAACAUUUUCUUGUGGUUAUACUGUUGAGUCAAUAAAUGCUUGAGGCAAUA